GCAUUCUGUUCUGUGAUUGGCUAGUAUCUUGUGUGUGGUCAGGCCGGGACUCACAUUGACUGCCCGUAUCCUCCUGUCAUUUCCCUGAUUCUGGUUACCCGGAAGUCGCUUCUCAGAGAGUGCUGCUAUUCGCAAGCCUAGAGGAUUUUGCGUGAGGUCCUUGUGCAGGACUGAAGAUGAUGGCGGCCGCAGUAUCUCGCUUCCGAGGGUCACUUCUCGGGGCUCUGCUCGGAGACUGCAUAGGGGCUGUGUUUGAGGGUCAUACUAACGUCACCAAGGAAUUUCUGUUCGAUUACAUGAAGUCGCUGGACAAGGGAGAGAGACUAAAGAGUGUUUUAACAUAUACAGAUGACACAGCCAUGGCAAGGUCGAUUGUGCAGUCAAUACUUGAAAACGAUGAAUUUGAUGUUGAUGAUCUCGCAGACAGGUUUACAACAGAGUAUUAUCGUGACCCUGACCGUGGGUAUGGAAUGGCUGUUGUUCAUGUCUUUGAGAAGCUUGCCAGUGGAGAAUAUAAAUAUGUAUUUUCACCAGCUAAGGAACAGUUUGAUGGUAAAGGCUCAUAUGGAAAUGGAGCAGCCAUGAGAGUGGUAGGAAUUCCAUUGGCCUAUCCCAGGAUUCCAGAUGUCAUAGAGUAUGCCAAAACUAGUGGAAUGCUGACACAUGCAUCAUCUCUGGGCUAUAAUGGGGCCAUUCUCCAGGCUCUAGCAGUGCACUAUGCUUUGCAAGAGGAGCUCACACCUGAGACAUUCUUGGAUCAGCUUUUGGAUCACAUGAAGGAAGUUGAAACAGAUAAAAGAUCCCGUUCAGAUGCCCUUGAAUUAGAAAUGGAUGAAUUCCCUUACUGUAACAAAUUAAAGAAGAUUAAAGCAUUUUUAGCACGAGAAGAUGUCACACGGAAGGAUAUAAUUAAAGAAUUAGGUAAUGGUAUUGCAGCUCUAGAGUCUGUCCCAACUGCAAUUUACUCAUUCCUGCGAUGCUUAAAGCCAGUGCCAGAGCUGCCUUCUGAACUUACCAACUUGCAGCAAACCAUUGCCUUUUGCAUCAUGCUUGGGGGGGACACAGACACGAUUGCUACUAUGGCUGCAGCCAUUGCAGGCGCUUACCAUGGAGAGGAGCAGAUUCCACUCAACUGGAAGCUCUCUGCCGAGAGUUACAAAGAUGCAGAGGAUUGGGGCGAGAAGUUACAUCAAUUGUACUGCAAGCGGUUACAAAGUACCACUUCCUAAUUUGUUAUGAAUGGCUAUGGCUAGAAAGCAUCAGUACUGUUUAAGAGAGUACACCCCUUUUGUUUUAGGGAGAAUAAGAGUCACUUCAGAGGGAAGAUGGCUUUUGGCUCUUAAGUCCUUUUCAGCUACCCUAAAAACUGUAGCUCACAAUUUUCCAACUCAAAUCUUCAGUUUGUGCUUACUAAAUUGACUUUAACAUUUUUACACCUUUGAUUUUGAUCAUCAUUCUAGCUAGGUAGUGGUGAUAAAAAGUCUUUAAAGGGGAACUAUCGCAAAAAUGAAAAUGUAAUAUAAGCCUCAGCAUACUGGAAUAAGACACUUUCUAAAUACAAUCAAAUAAAAAUGCUGUAAAGGUUCUGAAAUUAUCAAGUUUAUCAAUGAUUAUCUGACACCCAACUGCUGCAUGAAGACAGAAUGAAGAGGAAUAGAGUCUGAGAGAGGAAUAGUGAAGAUAAACUUGAUUAUUUCAGAAACAAUAUAGAAUUUUUAAUUGAUUGUAUUUAGAAAGUUUCUUAUUAGUAUGAUGAAGCUUAUUUUCAUUUUCGCAAUAGUACCUCUUUAAUUUGAAAAAACGAUUGUACAAAACAGUGGAAUCUGCAUUAUUUAUAUAUAUAUAUAUAUAUAUAUAUAUAUAUAUAUAUAUAUAUAUAUAUAUAUAUAUAUAUA